AUGCAUCUGAACUGCUUUGCUUCCAUCAUCAGGAACCUGUCUCCGUUGCUUUUUCUGUGCUCGAUCAUGCAAUGCACUUUCAUGGGUGGGUAUCCUUUUUCAUUUUUUUGUACUACAAGUUACCCGAGACCAGAUAAGAGAACUUACUAUGAAUAUACAAGCUUGUGGCAUGUCUACGGAAUCUUGUCCAUGAAUUCCUGGUUCUGGAGUGCUGUAUUUCACAGCCGAGAUGUGGACUUCACAGAAAAGCUGGAUUAUUCAUCUGCUGUUGCAUUAUUCAGGUUGUCUCUCAUAUUGUCAGUACUGAGGGCAUUUAACGUUAGAGAUGAGACUGCCAGGGUCAUGGUUGCAGCUCCUCUUAUUGCAUUUGUGACCGCAUAUAUCUUGCAUCUCAACUUCUAUAAGCUUGAUUAUGGUCUGAACAUGAAAGUGUGUGUAGUGAUGGGCGUAGCACAGCUUCUUACAUGAGUGGUAGGGGCUGGUGUCAC